AUGGAUAGAAAAUCUGCUAGAAUAAAAGCAGAGUUGCAAAGAUAUGGUUGGAAAGUUUCGAAGAAUUUUAAAUAUAGGAAGGGAAGACCCAUAAAAGUCUAUGACAAAUUGUCUGGUCUUCGCUACGAAAUGGAAUUGGAAACAGCACGCGCAAAUUAUCCAAACAGACUAGAGAGGUUAGAAGAAGAACGUCUUAUGGACAUGCCUUUCGAUGUUUCUGAACCGCAAGUUGAAGGACACGACGGCUUUGCCAGAUUCUAUUGGAAACAUGA